AUGGUCCGCGUCAAACACCGCUACCUCCUCGUCGAAAUCCUCUACCCAGAGCCCGCCUCCUGGGCCGCCACCAAACCGCCCAGCAAAGCGGGCUCGACCGCGCAGACCCAAGCGCAGCUGCGCAUCCACUCGCCCACCUCCGACGCGUUAACCCCGAGCGUGUUGGCCCGGAUGCUGAGGGAGGAAGUCGAUAAUAUGUUUGGGGACUGGGGUGUUGGGCGAUUGGGCGGUGGCAAUGCCGGGGGUGUUAGUGUGAAAUAUCUCUCCCCCGCUACAUCAACAGCCAUCGUGCGGUGUCCUCGGGCGUCAUUCCGGCUUGUCUGGACGGCACUGUCUUACAUGUCUCGUGUGCCGGAGAUCGGGGCCCCGAAGGGAGCUCGAGGCGCGGUUCUUUCUCGCCCGUGCGUUUUCCGCGUGGUCAAGGUGUCGGGGACGAUGCGCAGGGCGGAGGAGGAGGCGAUUCGGCGGGCGAGGAGGGAGACGUUGCGGUUGAGGGGCGUGGAUGAGCAGGGUGUUUUGGGGGGGUUGGUUGGGGAGUUGGCGGGGGUUGACGAUGUGAUGGACGAUGAUGAGGAUGGCGAUGUUGGGAUGGAGAGUGAUGAUUGA